UAUGAGGUGUCUGGCGAGGAGCACCUCUACUCCGACUUUCCCGAGAUUGAUUUGUCUCAGCUGGAUGCCAGUGACUUCGAUUCGGCCAGCUGCUUCAGCGAGCUGCAGUGGUGCGGGGAGCACUCGGAGACCGACUCCAGCCAGUACAGCACCGACGACUCCGAGCUCUUCCAGAUAAUAGACAGUGAGAACGAAGCGCUGCUGGCAGCCCUCACCGAGACAUUGGAUGAUAUACAGGGAGAUGACAUGGGCCUGGCUGCCUUCCGAACUAUGGAAGAAGGGGACACGCUCAACCAUGCCUACACCUCGCCUGCCCCCUCCCCCAAACCCACCGCCCCGGUCAUGGGGGGGCCGCCCCCGGCCCCCGAGUUUGAUGAGCUGUCUCUACUGAAGAAGUUGCUCCUCUCUCCAUCGCACGUGCCUCCGAGCUGCGAGGCUCAGCGGGAUGGGAGCGCCCGGCGCCCGGGGACCCCUAAGUCCCGACCCACACGGCCGUGCACAAAGACCAAAGCCCCCCGGGGGCCUGAGGAGUGCCCCAGCAGCAGCCACCACCCGUCUCCGGGCGACUGCGCCCAUCACGAGGACGACAGUGACUCCAGUGAGGACUCGCUGAGCUCCGGUGACUUGGUGACCCCCCCCUCCUCGGCGGAGGAUGAGCCAUACCGCCUGGGCAAGCCCGUGUACGCGGCCCUGGCCCGGCCACCUGGCUCCCGCUCCCCUGUGCCACUGGCCCAGGAUGGGGAGGAUGGCUGUGGGACCUGCACACCCAGAGCCAAAAUGGCACCAGAGAAGGAAGCUGCGGCUGAUGUGGAGGUGGGGGGCACGGCACCUCCGGUGGAGCCCCCGCCCCUGUCCCUGGGCUCCCCGGGGGACGGCGAGGUGCGCGAUGGGGCUGAGAGCCAGCGCUGUGCCCUCCUGGAGCAAGCAGAAACACCCCGGUGUCUCACGCUGUCCUUGGCACACACUGACGCAGCCUUUGUGAAGAGAAACUUUGAGCCAAUGUUGACUGUGGAGCUGUGUGGGACAGCAGGUCUCACGCCGCCCACCACUCCACCCCCCCCCCCCCCCCCCCACCGGAAGGAGGACGGGACAGCCCCCAGUCCUGGGGGAGCAGGGGACACAGCAGCCUCCCAGAAAGCCCCCAGGAAGCACCCUGAGAGGACAGAGCUCUUCGCCCACCUGAGCCGAGCCGCCGGGCGCCCUGCGCUCCCCGAGCAGCCAGGCAUGCUUAAGCGGCCCUUCUCCCGCUCCUUCGGGGACCACGACUACUGCCAGGUGCUGAAGCCCGAGGCCGCCCUGCAGAGGAAGGUGCUCAAGUCGUGGGAACCCCCGGGCCAGGUGGAGAUGGAGCACAAGAGGAGGGUCCCGGCUGUCACCUACCAGGCCACGGUGGCAAGGAGGCGGGCGGCGAGAUGCUGGAAGGAUGGCAUCAAGCAGCUGAGAGACCAGGAGAUCAGAGCCAGCUUAACAAAGCACUUUGGCUUUCUGGACAGUGCUCUCGAUGACGAGGACAUGGUCUUCUGCAAGACCCCUGAGUAUGACACCGUCUUUGAAGAUAGCUGCAGCGAGAGCGGCUCCCCCGCGGAGGGGGAGGAGGGGGAGCCGUGUGAGAACGGCGAGCAGUGUCAGGGCGGGAGCAGGCACCGGGGCCAGCUGGAGAAGAGACGGGAAAAGGCCAUCGGGGAAGGCCGGGUGGUAUAUAUUGGAAACCUCUCCAGCAGCAUGAGCUCCAGCGAACUGAAGAAACGCUUCGAAGUGUUUGGUGAAAUCGUGGAAUGUCAAGUCCUGUCCAGGACUAACAGGGGGGAUAAAUAUGGCUUCAUCACCUACCGGUAUUCAGAGCAUGCCGCCUUAUCUCUGAAGAACGGCACCUCGCUAAGGAAGAGGAAUGAACCUUCGUUCCAGCUCAGCUCUGGUGGCCUCGGGCACUUCAUCUGGACCAGAUACGCUGACUUGGAUUGCAGCGCGGAGGAGUCCUCAGCUCCGGUGAAAAGCAAGUACGAGACCAUGGAUUUCGACAGCUUGCUGCAGGAGGCCCAGCUAAGCCUGCAUCGGUAA